ACCUGAAGCUCACUCAAAGUGACAGCGAGUCCAAGAGUGUCGUCUGAACCAAGUCUCUCUGCUAGCUAGCCAGCAACAAUGGCUCUUGGUGUUCAUGAAGAGACAAAGCAGAUCUACCUCCGCUUCCAAGGCGGAUGUCCCGAAUUGGGGGAUGAGGAACGAUUCGAAGAGCUGACGGGUGGUCUGAGCAUCCGUCAAGAAAAUGCCGAGGAAGUGUUCCUGUACUUUUGUAUCUUUAGUGGAAUCGCGACACGGUGCGAGGAACUACGGUACACCGCACUCACUGGCAAAUUGGCGUCUUCCGUCCCGAGCAAAACCCAGAGAAUCCGAGACAAGCGGCGGGCGUUGGCACGUCAAAGGUACAACACGGGACGGCGUCUCGAAAUGAAAAUCAUUCAAGGGACGGCUUCCCGCGAAGAAUUAGAAGAAUACAAGGAGGUUACAGGUGAAACAGAUGUUUCUCAUCUGGAACAAAUGGACCCUGAGUUGUUCAAGGAAAAGAAUAGGCUUUGUGGUUUCAGACUCAGGGGAACAGCCACAGAGGAAGAAUUGAAACGGUAUGAAGAGCUCAAGAAAUUGACCAGCAUGAAACAUCUUCGACAGCAAAAGGCAACCGCCUGCAGUGGCAGCGACAGUGAUAGUGAGGAUGAAAGCGACAACGAAAGCAAAAGCAAUCAGAAUGGUGUUGCAAGUUCUCCUCCUGAAAUCCAGAUCCAAAAGCAAUCAGAUGCCAACCAGCACGAAAAAGAGGGAAAAGCCCGCCGGAAAAGGAACACGGUAUUCCGUCUGCGCGACAAGAUUCUGCGAGGAGAUGCAACACCACAUGACAAGGAAGAGUACAGGCGGCUUUCGAGUGGAGCUGAUCCAUCAGUUUUGGAACAGGUCGACCCAGUGCUUUACAAAGAGAAGAAAAAGCUAAGUUGGACCAAGAGCCAAGGAACAGCCACACCAAGAGACCUGGAACGAUAUGAGGAACUCAAAGUCUUGACGAGGCUACAUGAGAACACUGGAACGGGGAAGUGCAGCAAGAAACAACGACAACUAGAAGAUGCCGACCAAGAAGGAAAACUGAAAGCCUCCCGAAAAAACAGGAUAGCCAAUAUCAGAGAAAAAAUAAUCCGGCGCACAGCAACUCCAGAAGAUAAGGAUCGAUACAGAGAAUUGACAGGUGGAAGGGAUCCGUCUUACCUGGAAAGAAUUGACCCUGAGCUGUUCAAGGAAAAGAUAAGGCUUGCUGACCGCAGACGCAAAGGAACUGCCACAGCGCAAGACUUGGAACGGUAUGAAGAGGUCAAAGCAUUGACAUGUGUUCGUUUGCCAACACAGGCAACAGAUGCCAAUCAUCAGCAAGCAACUGAUACCAAUCAAGCCAGUGCCACCGUUGGCAAUUCUCGGGCUGAGAGCAGUAAGAAGAAACGAAAGCGUCCCUCAGAUGCGACCCAAGAUGAAGAAGAGGCCCGCCUAAGGAGGAACCUGGAAAGCCGUCUUCGGAAGAAGAUCUUGCGGGGAAAUGCAACCCCACAAGAAAAGGAACAAUACAAAGAGGUCAAGGGCACAACAGAUAUAUCUUAUCUGGAACGGGUGGACCCUGAGCUCUACAAAGAGAAGAACAGGAUAUUGUCCAGACGGCGAUGCGGAACUGCCACAACGGAAGACCUGGAACGUUAUGAAGAACUCAAGGUAUUGACAAGUGUUAGUCUGCAGCAGCAGAAAUCAAUGAUAUACAAGAAUAGCUCUCAUCCGACAGGAUCUGCAGUUACUCCUCCCUCUGGAAAGCACAAACGAAAAGCGUCCGGUGCUGUUGACCCUGCUGACGAAGACGACGGCCAAACGGAUGCACCGACGACAAAGGAUAGCUUUCUACGGCCCAGGAAAAGGAGAAUCAACUACAACUACGACAAUGUAGACGAAGAAUUCGAUGAACCCUUCAUCUGUGCAGAGGAUCUUCCUCCCCCGGAAAGAGUAGACACAGACCCUGAAGUAUCUGACAGUAGCAACACUGAUGAUGAUGGCGGUGCCAGUGAUAGUGACCAUAGUGGCGACAAUCGACACAACGGCAGAAAUCUGCACAUCUAUGCAAACGUUUAUGAUUCGGAAACGACUGACGCAGACGCAGACAGUUUGGGCGCCCACAGCAUCAGACAGGGUAGCCGAUCUUCGAGAACGCCACCUCUUGCAUACGCUGCUAUCCCUAAUUCUGCUCGAGAAGAAGAAGAAUCGACAAGGGCUGUGCAGGAGGCCUUGAGAACCCACGUCGAUACAACAUUUGCUGGCUGGGCUGGUGCUCGAGUUCCGACAAGAAGAUCAUCUCCGCCGAGGGUAGCCACCAACAUGCUGACAGCACGCAGCGACAAUGAUGACGCGAGCCAUGCAUCCGAAGUUCGCAGUAGUGCCGGAGCACUGUCUCCUUUGAUGAGUGCUGCCAGGACCAUUGUGACGCCCCAAUCACAGAACAUGCCUCUCACGAUUCGAUUCUGCCGCGGCGAUUUGGGCCAAAAUUGGUUUGUGGAUAUACGCACUCGAGCUAGACGGGACAAACUGGUACGAACUGUUUUCAACGCAGAUGCAACUACUCGAAGACUCAGAAAGUUGUCCAGUGAGGAGAAAGCAGCAUUACGGAGAGGUACAAAGGAAGUGGUGAUGGACUAUGUCAACUGGAAAACCAAUCACGUUUACAGGACCUUCAUGGCUGACAAUCUGGCACAAUUCUCUACGCUGGAUCUCCACGAGGAGAUCGAGAGAGACGAGCUUGGAAAGAUUGUGGAGGGAGCUGCCAGUCCAGUUUUGAUGCAUGUCUACGUGAGAGACAUCUUUGGUGACGAUGAAGGCAGCGUUGACAUGUUCCUCUAG